ACCCAUGCCUUAGGAAAGGGUAUUCAUGUGUAGACCUUCCCAUUUCCCAUUCGUUUGUUUACUCUGCUCGCUGAUUUUCUGGCACGGACAAAAUGAGCUCUCUGGUUAAGAGACAGCGUAAAAACUUGUUUUGAAAUAACCAAUUGGUUUAAUUUAAAUUCCCGAAGCAUUCACCGCAGUUGGCUUUGAGAGUUUCUGCAUUGAGGUUGGCAAAAAUGAAGCGGAGCGGACUAGGAGCAACGCUGCUCCUGGCCCUGGUGGCCCCACUUAUGGCCCACAGUUCAGACAACCUGGUGGUUUACGGCUACCAGUGCCGGAAAGGCCUCUGCCAGAAGGUGGAGCUCAGCGAGCAGAACUUCGCCGAAGCCAUAAGCUUGCCCGUGUGCCGGCUCUUCUGUGGCAGCUCUAUUGGCACUGUUUGGCCUAAGCCCACGGGUGCUGUGCGUUUGGACUCGCUGAUGCGCCAGGUGGACAUAUCGUUUAUUGACUUCAAUUUUAAUGGCACCAUCGUACGCAAGGAGAAGCUUUGGAAGGCGGCUGAAAACCGUUGGAUGGACUUGCUGGAUGCCAAGAUACCUGACCGCAAGAUCCUCGCCAGGGGCGGCUAUCGCAUGUCCGUCAACAUCAAUACCCCCGAUGAUGGGGCUCCGGCCAAACUUACCCUGGACACUGAUGAGAGCUAUGUCCUGGACAUUGAUACGGAUGAGUCGGGUCAUGUGCUGGCCAACAUUACGGCCAAUAACUUCUUUGGAGCCCGCAACGGUCUGGAGACUCUGGCCCAGUUGAUAGUCUAUGAUGAUAUCAGACGGGAGGUGCAGGUGGCAGCCAACGCCUCCAUCAGUGAUGCGCCGGUGUACAAGUGGCGUGGAUUGCUCCUCGACACUUCCCGCAACUACUACUCGGUGAAGUCGAUCAAGAGGACGCUGGAGGGCAUGGCUCUAGUCAAGCUCAACACCUUCCACUGGCAUAUCACGGACUCGCACAGCUUCCCCCUCGAGGUGAGCAAGCGCCCGGAGCUGCACAAGCUGGGUGCCUACUCCCAGCGUCAGGUUUACAGCCGUCGCGACGUGGCCGAGGUUGUGGAAUAUGGAAGAGUGCGCGGCGUCCGCGUGAUGCCCGAGUUCGAUGCACCUGCUCAUGUGGGCGAGGGAUGGCAGCACAAGAACAUGACCGCCUGCUUCAAUGCCCAGCCUUGGAAGGAUUUCUGUGUGGAGCCACCAUGCGGACAGCUGGAUCCCACAGUAGAGGAUAUGUACAACGUCCUGGAGGACAUUUAUGAAACCAUGUUUGGCCAGUUUGACGCCGAUGUGUUCCAUAUGGGCGGCGACGAGGUGUCCACCAGCUGCUGGAACAGCAGUCGCACCAUCCAAACGUGGAUGAAGCAGCAGGGCUGGGGCCUGGAGACCGCUGACUUUAUGCGCCUGUGGGGUCACUUCCAGACGAACGCCCUUGGCCGGGUGGACAAGGUGGCCAAUGGCACGAACACGCCUAUAAUCUUGUGGACUAGCGGCCUGACCGAGGAGCCUUUUAUCGACGAGUAUCUGAACCCGGAGCGCUAUAUCAUUCAAAUCUGGACUACGGGCGCAGAUCCCAAAGUAAAGAAGAUCCUGGAGCGGGGCUAUAAGGUGAUUGUUUCGAACUAUGAUGCCCUGUAUUUGGAUUGCGGCGGCGCUGGCUGGGUGACCGAUGGCAACAACUGGUGCUCCCCCUACAUAGGCUGGCAGAAGGUCUACGAUAACAGCCUGAGGAGCAUUGCCGGCGACUAUGAGCACCAUGUCUUGGGUGCCGAGGGAGCCAUCUGGUCGGAACAAAUCGAUGAGCAUACGCUGGACAAUCGCUUCUGGCCAAGGGCCAGUGCUUUGGCCGAACGGCUGUGGUCGGAUCCCGUGCAGGGCUGGAGGUCGGCAGAGGCUCGCCUUCUGCUGCACCGCGAGCGGCUGGUGGAGAAUGGCCUGGCCGCGGAGGCAAUGCAGCCGCAGUGGUGCCUGCAGAACGAGCAUGAGUGCCCCAUUGAUGCGUACGAUGCACAAGCGGCUUGAUCCGCGAUUAGUAAGUCUUCCCCGAUGAUAAUGGUCACUAUUCUUGUAGUUGUAGUCUAGGUGGCGGCGGCGGGCGGCUUUGGGUGAUCGUUCUGCUCCUCCUCACAGCUCUCUCCGCCUGAAAUAAAUCAGAUUCAAGGCUCCGAAAGUGACCUUACGCAA